UGCUUUAAGAGGUGAUAAUAUCUAUUUGAUAGUAUCAUAGUAGCACGAAAUGUAUCGUGGUUACACAGAGAUAAUAGGACAUAAGAUGACAAAAAUUGAUUAAAAAAAACAAAAGUGGUGGUUCACUUAAAAGCACAAUAAAAAUUGUACAUAUUAUUUUAGUUUGUAACACUUCAAACUUCUUUAUUCCACCACUAUAUCUUAUGCUAUUGCCACCUGCACUUUCGACCAUCAAUUGCUUCGUUAAUAUUCCCUUAAAAAGAAUUUAUCAAUAGUAGUGCUUUGGUACAAUCUCAAAAAGUCAACCAUCUUGUAGUCAUUAAGCUAAGCAAACCCCCUUAAUUAUUUUAUUACACGUUCACCCCGCCGGACCAUAACGGCAGAACUUUGGUCCUCAUGAAGCCCAGAGAUUGUUAAACUAUGGUCAUGUCAAGAUUAUACUUCUACUCUUCUUUCUUGCUUUUAUUACGGUUCGUUGCCGCUCAAAGCAGCAGCUAUGAACAAGGGACAGGGUUCAAUCCAACCACGGCUAUAGUCAUGAUCGUACUCGUCAGCGUUUUCUUCUCACUUGGAUGUGUCUCCGUCUACAUGAGAAGGUGUCUCGAGCAAGCCCUAGGGAUCGACGACGGAAGAUCCGGCGACCCGGGAAACUGGCUUAACGUUAGGCAGCAGACGCCGCGUGGACUCGACGCGUCUGUCAUAGAAACUUUUCCGACUUUUCGUUACUCCACCGUGAAGACGUUGAGAAUCGGCAAAGAAGCGUUGGAGUGUCCCGUUUGCCUCAACGAGUUCGAGGACGACGAAACGCUGCGUUUGCUUCCUCAAUGUUGCCACGUGUUCCAUCCUGGUUGCAUAGAUGCCUGGCUACGUUCUCACGCCACGUGUCCUCUUUGCCGCGCUAAUCUCGUUCCUGUACCGGGUGAGUCUGUUUCUUUCGAGAUCUCCGGUUUAGCUAGAGAAUCCGGUCAGAGCUCUCCUCUAACGUCGAUUGUUGAUGAUAACCGGAGAAUGGCUUUGGCUUCUCCGGACGAGCGGUUACUUGACUCAGUGGCUUGGACAGGUAACCAAAGCAUGCCACGUAAGUCCAUGUCUACAGGGUGGAAAUUAGCUGGAUUGUUUAGCCGGUCAAGUUCUUACAGUCAGACCGAGGAGAAUCUAGACCGGUUCACGCUAAGAUUACCGCAGGAGAUACAUGAUCAGCUCAUGAACCAAGGGUCAAAAGGCCACAUUGCGCUACCCCAAGUGAGGAGCUCGAUACGAGGAUACAGAACCGGAACCCUAGGGACUGAAAGUAACUAUUUCUACUUUGAACGGUUCGAUCAAGACGGUCGGUUCGACAGAAGACCGUUUUCUAUAACUCCUCCGUACCGGACCGGCUUGAUCAGGUCUCCGAAUGGGGUUAUCAACGGGGGAGAUGGUUAUCAGGAACGUGCUGGUACACCCAAAAGUUUGCUUCUAGCAAUAAGGUCGCCGUUUGAUCGGUUAUUCACUGGAAAAAACAAUGUAGGUGAACGUUCUUACCUUAGAUCCGGUGAUGCGAGUCCUGUGUAGUCGGAUUUUAAUAAAACUUGGAUUCGGUAUAUAUUUUCUUCUAAUUUUUUUUGUGUAACAAAAAAACUCAAUACCUCUUACUGCUGAAAUGAAAUAAAUGGUUUUGGUUUAUCCUAAGUUUUGUGACUGUCAAACCAUCAAUAUAGCAAGAAAACCAUCUCACUAAGUUCUAUGUGAAAACUUCAAAGAGAUUCAUGAAACCAAAACCACCAUGACGGAAAUAGAGAACGGAUAGGUAGAGGGCAGGAACAUGUAGAAAAAAAAAAUCAGGUUAUGACUAGAUUAUCGAGAAAACCGAUAAUCCCCAAGAAUACUGACAAGAAGUGGAUACAAAGUAAAGGUGAGUAACGCAAGUUAUUAGAAGAGUGUAUUUUAUGAUUAUAGUCAGGGCAUAAAAUGAGAAACCACCUUCCGGAACUAUAUCUAUCGGUCGCAUCCUGUAAAUUCCACCGACUUUCACCUGCAUCCGAUCAAAUGCUAUUUAGGAAGCAUGUCAUUCUCAAUUGAAAAAGAAAGAAUCCUAAAGAGCGUUAGCUAAAACACCUCAUAAAAGGAAAUCACCCUAGGGUAGAUCAUAUAUGAAUAAAAAGAAUCCUAAAGAGUGUUAGCUAUUAACCUCAUAUAAAAGGAUAGGUUCGACUUAAGCAAAGGCCAGAAGAACACCUCCAAACUAGGCCAGAGUAACUGUUUCUUAAUAAAUAAGAUUCACUUGUAAUUUUGUAAAUUAUGGCGGCCGAAAAUACUGAACUUGAACGUGCAAGUAUAACCGACGAUGAACAUGACUGGAUUAGUCACUUUUAAUUAAUGGCACACUUAAUACAAACUGCGUACACCUGACAAAAGAUUUAAGCUGUUUUCACUUCUAAACAAAACCUAGUAACUGCGAUAAGGGAGGGUGUGUAAGGUACUGAUAGACUACUAUAAAUAGAGGGGAGGGAGAACUUUUGGUACGGUUUUUACCGUUUACGCCUUCAGAGAGAUUAGGAAAAACCAAACCCUAAACUGUUCUGGUUUAAGCUCUUGAUACUCGACCAUUGUUCUUCGUUGCUUAAUUAUUAUCACUCAUUUAUCAGCGACUUAUAAGUUAUAACUAAUCAUUAAUUUCCAACACGUAUCCCAGUCUCGACACUAAGAGUUACAUGAAAGUCAGGCAUUUGUAGUAAGAUCAACGGCCACAAACAGUACUCUAAAUGCCACACCCAGAAUGUGAAAUUAAAGGUGAACAGCUAAGAUGCAUUUGAUCUCAAGACUCUGUAACCAGAUGAAAUGAAAUCUGGAAAUAAUUUUAUCUUUGAAGCUACUAUGAUGGAUUUACCUGUUAUAUGACACGUUUGAACGAGUAAUUCAUCUUUCAACUACUAAUAUCUUAUUUGUAUGUGUUUCAGUUAGAGUUCAUGUAUCGUUUUCCAGUGUGGCCAAUCAUUUUUCAAGUUUUUGGAGCUAUCGUUUUUCAGUCCUAAUAUCUUUAGUGUUUAUGUGUUAAUUAGGGUCCGAUUGGUAAUAGCUGUAGCUUUAAAUAUUUUACUGUAGAAAAAAAUCUGUAGACUUUUUGCUGUGGCUUUAGAUUUUAUUGCUGUAGAAUUUUAUUGAAGCACUAAAAAAUUGCUUUGGAUAUUUGGCUCUGCAGAGCACUUGUACAGCUGUAGGAUAUUUUAAGAGCUGUGGUUUCAAAAAAAAAUUUAAAGCUUGAUUGCUCUGAAUUUGGUGCUGUGGAAAUAAAUAGGGCUGUGGACAGCACCUACAGCAACUACCAAUCACCCCCUUAAUUGUUUUUUUAUACUCUAUUUCCUUAUCGAUACAUUUUUCAUUUUUGCAAAUCUUCAAAACUCUAAAAAUUAAAACCUAAAACUUAGAUCCUAAAUCAACAAACAGUAAAUCCUAAACCUAAAUCCCAAACUAUAAAUUCUGAAUCCUAAACCAAAAAUAAAGACUGGUGAAUCCAAACUGAUUAAUUGAUGCAUAGUAAAUAUAAAAGAGAUAUAGCAUGAGAAAACUAAACCUUAAGCUACAAAUACCAAAUCAUAAGCCACGAAUGCCAAACUUUAAACCAUGGACACUUUUUGUAAAUUGAUUAUUACUUUAUGAACCAAAAUUGAUUAGUCUAUCCUACUCCAUAAGAACAUAUGAUUUAGGAAUUUAUAGUCAAAACAAGCAUGAGACACUUGAUUCACGUAAUUAUCUGAUGCGAGAUCGAUUCUUAAACUUGAAAACACAAACAUAGUUUCAAAUUUACACAAAUCGUCAAGUAUCAAAUAUUUUUUCGAAACAAAAGAAAAUUGUCAAGUAAUCACAUCUCCGCACACAAACAUUUGUAUAUAUAGGAAUCAUUAACAAAAAAAAGAAAAUCCCAUCACCAAACCAAAUCAAAGCAUCAACAAAACACAAUCCCCUUUUGAGGUUCAAAAAGUACAUAAACAAAUGAAAAUUCUAAUUUAAAUUAAUUAAAAUUUGACCCGAAUAACCAUAUUUCUUUU